AUGGUGAGCGAGAGUCACCAUGAGGCCCUGGCAGCCCCGCCAGUCACCACUGUUGCUACUGUCCUACCACAUAAUGCCACAGAGCCAGCCAGUCCUGGGGAAGGAAAGGAAGAUGCCUUUUCGAAGCUGAAGGAGAAGUUUAUGAAUGAGUUGCAUAAAAUUCCACUGCCACCGUGGGCCUUAAUCGCCAUAGCCAUAGUCGCCGUCCUUUUAGUCCUGACCUGCUGCUUUUGUAUCUGUAAGAAAUGUUUGUUCAAAAAGAAAAACAAGAAGAAGGGAAAAGAAAAGGGAGGCAAGAAUGCCAUUAACAUGAAAGAUGUGAAAGACUUAGGGAAGACCAUGAAAGAUCAGGCUCUAAAGGAUGAUGAUGCUGAAACCGGACUGACUGAUGGGGAAGAAAAAGAAGAACCCAAAGAAGAGGAGAAAUUGGGGAAACUUCAAUAUUCGCUGGAUUACGAUUUCCAGAAUAACCAGCUGCUGGUAGGGAUUAUCCAGGCUGCUGAGCUGCCUGCCUUAGACAUGGGAGGCACGUCUGACCCCUAUGUUAAAGUGUUUCUGCUGCCCGAUAAAAAGAAGAAAUUUGAGACAAAAGUCCACCGAAAGACCCUUAAUCCUGUCUUCAAUGAGCAAUUUACUUUCAAGGUGCCGUACUCAGAACUGGGUGGCAAAACCUUGGUGAUGGCUGUAUAUGAUUUUGAUCGUUUCUCCAAGCAUGACAUCAUUGGGGAAUUUAAAGUCCCCAUGAACACAGUGGAUUUCGGUCACAUAACUGAGGAGUGGCGUGACCUGCAAAGUGCGGAGAAGGAAGAGCAAGAGAAACUGGGUGAUAUCUGCUUCUCCCUUCGCUAUGUACCUACUGCUGGCAAGCUGACUGUGGUCAUUCUGGAGGCAAAGAACCUGAAGAAGAUGGAUGUGGGUGGCUUAUCUGAUCCUUAUGUGAAGAUUCACCUGAUGCAGAAUGGCAAAAGGCUGAAGAAGAAAAAGACAACAAUUAAAAAGAACACACUUAACCCCUACUACAAUGAGUCAUUCAGCUUUGAGGUACCCUUUGAACAAAUCCAGAAAGUGCAAGUGGUGGUAACUGUUUUGGACUAUGACAAGAUUGGCAAGAACGAUGCCAUCGGCAAAGUCUUUGUGGGCUACAAUAGCACCGGGGCGGAGCUGCGACACUGGUCAGACAUGCUGGCCAACCCCAGGCGCCCCAUCGCCCAGUGGCACACCCUGCAGGUCGAGGAGGAGGUUGACGCCAUGCUGGCGGUCAAGAAGUAA